GCACAAUUCGACCAUUCCUCUACCUUCGUUAAGCCACGUUUCAUCACCGUACCUCAUGCAAGCUGGAAUCCCUACCCCUGCAGUUCGCCCUUUCCGUAAAUAAAUACUGGUAGCACCCUGACAACCUAAGCUAUACACAGUACUAACAGUAGCACUAUUAGCUAGCGUCAGCUCUCUCCGCGAACGCUACCUUUCUCUUCCAUCCAAGGCUCGGAACUCACUCCACUUCCACUAACCCUAUCUUUUCGCCUCCUGCUAACGGAGCAGCUCCAAACAUGCUAUCUUCUUCAUCUGCUGCUGCUACUACAACAUGCAAGAUUGUUAUCCCUGCGAAUAAGAAGACCGUUCCUGGAGAGUUGAUCACCACGAGGUCUGCCAAGCCAACGGCACCACAUCCUUUGGAAAGGCCAAAACCUCUACCUUUGCCUCCACCUCCAGUGACUACUACUAGCUCUCCUCCGCUGAAGCCUGUACAAAAGCUUAUAGCUUCUGCCCUUGAUGCAAUAGAGAGCAAUUUCGUCGUAGAAUUGGAGAAGAAGGGCCCUCUCCCGAGGUCUGCUGACCCCGCCGUCCAAAUCUCCGGCAAUUUCGCUCCGGUGCCGGAGUCGCCACCUCGGUACGGGCUUGAAGUGGUUGGCCGUAUACCUUCGGAGCUUUAUGGUGUCUACCUCCGCAAUGGGGCCAACCCGAUGUUCCCGCCUUCCGGCGGGCACCACCUCUUCGACGGCGACGGCAUGAUUCAUGCAGUCACCCUUUUGGGCCCCGACAAGGCGUCGUACGCCUGCCGGUUCACCCGCACGAGCCGGCUCUCUCAGGAGGCGGCUCUCGGGCGCGCCGUCUUUCCCAAGGCCAUCGGCGAGCUCCACGGCCACUCGGGGAUCGGCCGGCUUCUGUUAUUCUACCUCCGAGCCGCCGCCGGGAUCGUGGACCCCACAUGGGGCAUCGGCGUGGCCAACGCCGGCCUGGUGUACUUCGGCGGCCGCCUCCUCGCCAUGUCGGAGGACGACAUGCCGUACCACGUCCGCCUCACCCCCGGCGGCGACCUCGAGACCGUCGGGCGGUUCGACUUCGCCGGCCAGCUUGAUUCGCCGAUGAUCGCCCAUCCGAAGAUCGACCCGGCGACCGGCGAGCUCUACGCCCUCAGCUACAACAUCAUCCGCAAGCCCUUCCUCAAGUACUUUCGGGUGGACCCUGUCACCGGUGCAAAGUCGCCCGACGUCGCAAUCACCCUCCGACAGCCGACCAUGAUCCACGACUUCGCGAUCACGGAGAAUUACGCCGUAAUUCCCGAUCAGCAGGUCGUGUUCGAGCUAUGCAGGAUGUUGCACGGCGAAUCGCCGGUCCGGUGCGACCACCGGAAGACACCAAGGUUCGGCGUACUGCCCAAGUACGCCACGGAUGAGUCGAACAUCCAGUGGAUCGACGUGCCUGACUGCUUCUGCUUCCACUUAUGGAACGCAUGGGAAGAGCAAUCUAGAGACGGGAAACGGAUGGUGGUGAUCAUCGGAUCAUGCAUGUCGCCGCCGGAUACGAUUUUCUCGGACAAGGAGGAGCCAAUGCGGAGCGUGCUGUCGGAGAUCCGGUUAAACCUGGAGACCGGGGAGUCGAGCCGGAGGGAGAUCGCGCCCGGUGUGAACCUGGAGGCGGGCCAGGUAAACCGAAACCGGCUCGGGAGGAGAACCCGGUUCGCUUACCUGGCGAUAGCGGAACCGUGGCCGAGAUGCUGCGGGGUGGCGAAGGUGGACCUGGAAACCGGGGAUGUGAGGCGGUUCGAGUACGGGGAGGGACGGUUCGGGGGCGAGCCGACGUUUGUUCAGGUCCGGUCGAGGGGCGAGCAGGAGGAGGACGAGGGGUACGUGGUGGGGUUCGUGCGGGACGAGGGGAAGGAGGAGUCAGAGCUGGUGAUUGUAAACGGAAAGAACAUGGAGCAGGAGGCGGCGGUGAGGUUGCCGUCGAGGGUGCCGUACGGUUUCCACGGCACUUUCGUGAGGUCGACGGAGCUCCUUCGGCAGCGAGUGGCCUCGUGAUUACGUGCAGCUGAAGGGUAGUACGGUUCAGGGAAAACCGCUUUGCAUAACACAGGAAUAAACCGGGUUUUGUUUUAUCUUUAUCGUGAGAUUAUAGAUAAGAAUGGUCGACGGAGACAAUGUGGGCCCGGGACAGUGUCAGUCCGUUUGGUGUCCGUGUUUAGGUACUCUUCCCGCAUGUACGUUUUGCCUCACGUGGUUGUUAAUGUUUUUUUUUUUUUGGGCUUGAUAAGAAACGUACUAGUUAAUUAAUUUUGCUUUGCCGA